AUGUAUGGGCCAAAGGCUAAACCGGGUGUUAAGUUAACUGAAGUUAACAUAUCGGUCUAUGGAGUAAAAUCAAUCGUUAUAGCGAAUGCAGAAGGCGAAAUCAAUAUGCUUAUUGGAUUUUUUGUUAUGAAUGGUGUUUACAUCGCAUUAUUUUUAUUGUUUGGAUCAUGCGUUAUGUGUAGCUGCUUAAGAAGGAUGGUCAAACGAAAAACACUGCUUCAGAAUGGACAACUUGGUCAGCAGCAAAAACCUUUGGAGCUGAAGAAAGAUAGGUGGCAAUAUUCCAGGGAACAUCGACAGGCAUGCAAUGUGAGCUCCGUGUUUAUCUUAUUUCGAAGUCCUCUGUAA